AGGUUGCAGAGUUUCUCUCUCUAAAAAGCAAAGCAAAGCAAAGGAAAGGAAAGGAAAGGAAAGGAAAGAAUAAAUAGGCUCUAAUGGCGAUGAAGAUAACUAGGCCCACAAAUUAAUGCUCCUCAAGCUGGAGCCAGCCAAGCUACACCGCGGCUCCAUCCCGCUGCUCGCAAUCCCGCCGGCCGCCGGCCGCUUCGGAUGAUCCCCUGAUGGUCCGCUCUGGAUCGACUCAUGAGGAUCGUCAGCCCUUGUUGGAAGCCGGCGGCUAACCAUGCCGCUGACGCCGAUGGUUUCUCUUCAUCCUCCUCCGCCGCCUCCUCAUCCUCCCUCUCUUUCCGCCCCAGUGGACGUGGCCGCGGAGACGCGCUUUUGUGGGUUAAGGAUCUCGGGCGCCAUUCCGGUGGGGAGUUCUCCAUGGCCGUCGUGCAGGCCAACAAUGUCUUGGAGGAUGGUAGCCAGAUCGAGUCCGGCCCGAUCGCUUUCCACAACCCUGCUGGACCUCCUCUGCAUGGAACCUUUGUUGGAGUCUAUGAUGGCCAUGGCGGACCGGAGACCUCUAGGUUUAUUUGUGACAAUUUGUUCAACAAUCUCAAGGAAUUUGCAUCGGAACAAGGUGGUGGUAUGUCAGCAGAAGCUUUAAUGAAAGCUUUUGCUGCCACAGAAGAUGGAUUUCUUUCACUUGUGAGGAAACACUGGCUCACAAAGCCUCAGUUAGCUUCUGUCGGUUCUUGUUGUUUGGUUGGUGUGGUAUUUGCUGGAAUGCUCUAUGUUGCAAAUGCCGGAGAUUCUCGUGCAGUGCUAGGCAGAUUGGAGAAGGGUUUUAGAGAUGUUACAGCAGUCCAGUUGACGGCGGAGCACAAUGCGAGCAAUGAAUCUGUGAGAGCAGAAUUGCAAUCAUUGCAUCCCGGUGAUUCACAAAUCGUAGUUCUGAGACAUAAUGUUUGGCGUGUCAAGGGCCUUAUUCAGAUAUCGAGAUCUAUUGGGGAUGCUUAUUUGAAAAAAGCGGAAUUCAACAGAGCACCCUUGUUAUCAAGGUUCCGGCUUCCCGAACCAUUUCAUAAAUCAAUCCUUAAUGCCGAACCAUCAAUAGUUACCCAUAAACUAUGCCCACAAGAUCAAUUUCUAAUCUUUGCUUCUGAUGGUCUUUGGGAGCAUUUGAGCAAUCAAGAGGCUGUGGAUAUAGUCCAAAAUUGUCCCCGCAAUGGUAUUGCAAGGAAACUUAUAAAAGCCGCCAUGCAAGAGGCGGCAAGAAAAAGAGAAAUGAGGUACUCUGACCUGAAAAAGAUCGAUCGUGGUGUCAGGAGACAUUUCCACGACGACAUUACUGUCAUAGUUCUAUUCCUUGACCCGGCUCUGGUCAGCAAGAGCUCUUACAGCGGCCCCAUUGUUUCACUCCGAGGAGGUCAUGUUCAGACCAAUUAAACUGGCAAAUCGGACGAGAUGUUUAGUUUCGGCACUGGAAGUAGAUUCAAAAAAUUACCAGUUAUGAACUCUUCCUUCUGCAUGGAAUUGGUUUCAAGUGCUUUGCAGACUAGCAAAUUACAUGCACUAUGGGGUUGCAAUUAUCUCGGCAAAAUGUUUAUCUGUUCUUAGGUACUUCACCAAAAAAUAUAUAUAUAUAUAUAUGUAUUAGAUUGUGAUCAUGUGUGUAUCUCAAGAGAUUUUGUCUUGAAAGGUUUCAUGUGCAAGGGGAUGAUUUUUUUGUUUUUUUUGUUUUGAGAAAAGAAGAGAGAAAACUGGGAUAAAGUGGUAUCAGUACUAUUAAAUCCAUUUAUUUUUGCCAAUAAGAAUUGUUUCUUUCCA